AAUCGUCCGAACGGCAACAGCCUAAGAAGAGAAGAGGGAUUCCGCAGAGGAGCCGCACAAGAAAGCAGCGACGAUGUUUCUCCGGCGAAUUGCGCGGCCGCUGAUGGCGAAGGUGAAGGAGACGACUGGGAUCGUAGGACUGGACGUGGUCCCCAAUGCCCGUGAGGUCCUUAUAUCCCUCUAUACCAAAACCCUAAACGAGAUCCAGACCGUUCCCGAAGAUGAGGGCUAUCGUAAGGCUGUUGAGAGCUUCACGAGCCACCGCCUCAAGGUUUGCCAGGAGGAGGAGGACUGGGAGCAGAUCGAGAAGCGGUUGGGGUGUGGGCAAGUGGAGGAGCUCAUCGAGGAAGCGCAGGACGAGCUCAAGCUCCUCUCCAUGUUGAACGAGUGGGAUCCAUGGGGUGUUCCCGAUGACUAUGAAUGCGAGGUUAUUGAGAACGAUGCUCCAAUUCCAAAGCAUGUGCCUCAGCAUCGACCAGGUCCUCUCCCAGAGGAGUUCUACAAUACGCUGGAGGCUGUUACUUCUCACCCAGAGAAGGAUACGCCUGCAGGCACCUCUAGUGAGUCACAGCCAAAGGAAUAAAAGUAUGUUGCUGGGCUUGUUUUUGAUUUGCAUCAAGAAACAUCAUAUUUAAAAGAUGAAUUAAUGUCCAUUUUUCUGUAUCCUCUUGUUGAUGUUUGCUAUCUCGCUGUAUGUUUGUCGCUGGAUUCUACAGUGUACAACUUAUGGCACACAAGCUUGAACCAUUCAGUUAAUAAUCUCUAGUUGAGCUGGCUUUAUUCAAGAA